AUGGCCUCCCGGAGGCUUCUAGCCUCACUCCUCCGUUCAUCUACGGCCAGUCUUCGCCGCGGUUCGUCAUCAUUUAACUCUGUUAAAUCCACCGGCCGUUCCGGUGCUUCCCCGGCUGGCUUUUUACUGAAUCGGGUCGCCCAAUACGCCAGUUCAGCGGCGGCUCCAUCCGCUCCCGCAUCGUCGUCUACACCAGCUAAGCCUUCAGGCGGGGCCGGAAAGAUCACUGACGAAUUUACUGGAAAGGGUGCCGUCGGAAAAGUGUGUCAGGUGAUCGGUGCCGUCGUAGAUGUGAGGUUUGACGAAGGAUUGCCCCCGAUCUUGACCGCGCUCGAGGUCCUUGAUAACCAGAUCCGCCUUGUGCUUGAGGUCGCUCAGCAUUUGGGUGAAAAUGUUGUUAGGUGUAUUGCUAUGGAUGGUACAGAAGGGCUUGUCCGUGGUCAGCGCGUGCUCAACACUGGGUCUCCCAUUAAAGUUCCUGUUGGAAGAGCCACCCUUGGCCGUAUCAUCAACGUCAUUGGAGAACCUAUUGAUGAGAGAGGCGAAAUUAAAACUGAGCACUAUUUACCCAUCCAUCGUGAGGCUCCAGCUUUCGUUGAGCAAGCCACUGAACAGCAGAUUCUUGUUACUGGUAUCAAGGUUGUUGACCUGCUUGCACCGUACCAAAGGGGAGGCAAGAUUGGACUGUUUGGUGGUGCUGGUGUCGGAAAGACUGUGCUUAUUAUGGAGCUGAUCAACAAUGUCGCUAAAGCUCAUGGUGGUUUCUCUGUGUUUGCUGGUGUGGGAGAGAGGACUCGUGAAGGUAAUGAUUUGUACAGAGAAAUGAUGGAAAGUGGUGUCAUCAAGCUAGGUGACAAGCAGAGUGAAAGCAAAUGCGCGCUGGUCUACGGUCAAAUGAAUGAGCCCCCAGGUGCCCGUGCCCGUGUUGGUCUUACUGGUUUAACUGUUGCUGAGCACUUCAGGGAUGCUGAAGGCCAGGACGUGCUUCUCUUCAUCGAUAACAUUUUCCGUUUCACUCAGGCCAACUCUGAAGUGUCUGCUUUGCUUGGUCGUAUCCCAUCUGCUGUCGGUUAUCAACCAACUUUGGCUACAGAUCUUGGUGGCCUUCAGGAGCGUAUUACCACCACAAAGAAAGGCUCCAUUACUUCUGUCCAAGCUAUUUAUGUGCCUGCUGAUGACUUGACAGAUCCUGCACCAGCAACAACGUUUGCUCACUUGGAUGCCACAACUGUGUUGUCGCGACAGAUCUCUGAGCUUGGUAUCUAUCCUGCCGUGGAUCCACUUGAUUCUACAUCACGUAUGCUUUCCCCUCACAUUUUGGGAGAGGAUCACUACAAUACAGCUCGUGGUGUCCAGAAGGUUCUCCAGAACUACAAGAAUUUGCAAGAUAUUAUUGCUAUUCUUGGUAUGGAUGAGCUCAGUGAAGAUGAUAAGUUGACAGUGGCCCGUGCCCGUAAGAUUCAGCGGUUCUUGAGUCAGCCUUUCCAUGUUGCUGAAGUGUUCACUGGUGCUCCUGGAAAAUACGUUGAGUUGAAGGAAAGCAUUGCCAGUUUCCAGGGAGUUUUGGACGGAAAGUAUGAUGAUCUUCCUGAACAGUCAUUCUACAUGGUUGGUGGCAUUGAAGAGGUUAUAGCCAAAGCAGAGAAGAUUGCCAAGGAAUCUGCAUCUUAG